UGAUCUGACCUCGGUUGAACAUCAUCGACAGUACUGAUCUUGCUGGUGGAUCAUGGCGUUUAUCCAUGUGGCACGCAUAGUUGCUCUGCUAUCGUCUUGUAUAUCCUUUGGCUUUGUAAUAUGGAGUCGCAGGUGGCAUGGAGAAGUGGGUGUAUUGUGUUUGUUUUGCUGGUCCUUCAGCUUCCUCGGCUCUUUUUUGGUCCUGCUGAUGGAGAUCUUUAGUUUAAUUAUCUGCGUCAGGCCGGAAUUCUGCCGCAACGUUGCUGUGCUCAUCUCCAGUUAUGCGGCGAUGUUCUGUCUUAAUGUAUCCAUUAUCUUUCCAUUCUACUUUCUAAAAGGCCAAGAAGACAAGGAGUUCUACAACCACUGCAUAGUGGCUGAGCUCUUCUCAUGUGUAGCUGUGCUGGCGCACUUUGUGGAAGUUUGGAUCAUGUGGAUUAAGGCAGAUUGCUAUAUGGCCACUGGACCAGGUCUGCUACAGGUGUCUCAGAUGUAUGUAGCAAGCUGCAUCUUCUUCUUCCUCAUCAAUACAGUGUCAUUCAGAGACGACCCACUUGUGAUAGGGAGCUUGGUUGGGUAUUUCCUGUGCUUCAUCUGGACAUCGGUCAACAUUAUGUUGAAUGCUUUGCACAACAAAAACAGAGGAAAAUGGCUAAAAGGGUUAGACCUGAUUGCUGCCAUCAUGCAGCUGGGUGCCUCCAGCCCUUUAUUCCAACUCAGACAAGAUCUGAGCCAAAUCGUGUGCUCUGAAUCAUGCAGAGAUGAUCUGGGACUCUGGCCUGAGACUAAACUAAUGGUUGUGGUUGCACUAACUGCCCUUAACUGCCUGCUUUAUUUGCUCAGCAUAUGCUGCUGUUGCAUGUUAGGUUCAAAUGAUGAUCAAACGGAAGAGAACAGCACAAGCUCCAUCAAUUCUGACUCUUGUCUCAGACAAAUUACAGAAACACAAGCGGUUUUGCCAGUGAGCAGAGCUCUACAGCAGUACAACACAACAAGGAGCAAUCAAAGCCUAAACAAGAAAGCUCUGAGGAUCCAAAAUAGCACUUUGUACAUUCAAAACAGUACUAUUCAGGUUAUUAUAGUUACUUGA